AUGACGUCAACAAACCUCGUGGGUCGCGAUCCGAUGACGUCACCAGACGGCGCCGUUGCCAUGGCGGCCGCGCUGGGCCCGCGGGCCGGGGCUGAGGCCGAGGAGCGGCGGCGGCUCCUCCGCGCCGUGACCCGGCUGCAGGGUGGCACAUCUGGAAAGGCCCAUGAGGGCACAUCUGGCACGGGGGGAUGCUCCAGGCCGGGCUGGGCCGCGCUCGGUGCCGGUGCCGGUGCCGGUUCCGGUUCCAGCGCUGCCCCCGGGCCGUGCCAGGCCUGUGCCAGGGGGUUCCUGCUGCGGAGGCGGCUCCGGGGCCUGCGGGAGGAGUUCGAGGCCGUGGUGCUGGAGAUCGAGGGGGACCUGAGGCACCUGCGCUGGACCGGCCGCGUUCUGCAGCAGCCGCGCUUCGACCCCGAGCCCUCCCCAGUAAAGCCCUUGGCUCCAGGGGAGGCUGUAAAGAAUGAGUCCAUUUCCAAAAAAUCCUUGGAGAAGCUGGAUCCCCCUGGAGCAGAGCGGGCUGGGAGCUUUGGGAAUGUCCCCUCCUCAUCCCCCCUGCCCCCAAAACCCCCAAAAUCCCCAAAUUUGGGGUGUGGUGCUGCUAAAAGCCUGGAAAAGGAGGGAAGAGCCCUGGCAGGGAGUCAGGAGUGGGACAAGGAAUGGGACAGCAACCACCAUGGAGCCAGCCCAGAAAUCCCAGAGGACCUGCAGGGCCUUUCCCACUGGGAGCUGCAAUCCCACAGGAAUCAUCUCAGGAUGGAGCUGCUGUGGAUCCAACAGGCCAUUGCCAGCAGGAAACAGUUCCUGAUGCUAAAACAGAAGCUGGGAAUUCCCAACCACUCUGGAAUUCCUGAGUUCUUGGAUUGGUGUGGAGAAGCUCUGCAGCAGCAGCACCAGCCCUGAUGUUUCUCACUCCAGAAAAACGUGGGAAGAAAAAUCUUUUUGUGGAUAUUUGGUCCAAGCAGGAUCAAACAUCAUCAGCCAGGAGUGUCCUGCAGGGAUCCAUCCCACAAGAUCCCAGUUUUUCUUGGCUGAGCUGGAUGAUCCAAGUGGGAAAUGGAGGAUUUUCACUUCCAGCUGGUGCUUUUGGUGCUGGAAUGGCUGAAGGCAGCAGGACCUGCAGGAAUCAGCUCUUCCCACAGAACUGUGUGGAUUCCACGUGCUUGGGAUGGCUCUGCAAUAUCCAGGAUGUCCACGAGGUGGAUUUUGGGAACACUGAGGUGCUGAGUGGGGAGGAGUUCCUGUGCAGGUGGG